AUGAUACUGCGUCGCCCCACCCAGCCCGACAAGACCCGCGUCAAAUCCACCCUUUCGGCCCAGCCACCAUCGACCCAGCCCAAGCCAGCCCUCCUUUCCGGCGAAUCGAUCCAAACAAACCACGUCAACUCCGCCAUUAAGGCCUUCGGCUUGGGGACCCUAUACGCCCUUGGGUUUGUCGGAUGCGGCGUGGCAGGCACAAACUACUAUUUGCAGACAAAGGGCGUUGGAUCCAUGGCCGAGGCUGCACAGAGUAUGCGAAAAAGGGUCGCCGAGAAAACAGGCGGGUCGUUGAUGGAGCGGCUGGGGAUCAGUCCGGAGGAGGAUGAGCGCAGCUUGCGGAGGGUGGAUGAGCUGGUUGGUGAGGAGGACGGGGAUGGGAAGAGGAAAAUCAGAUUUGCAAGGAUCAAGGGCCUUGUGGCUGGCAGCGGCGGCGGCGGCGCAAUGGAUGGUGGAGGCGACGAGCAGAAGACGGCGGCUGGGCACGGCGCUUUGUCGAUUGGCGCACGGAUGCGCCGCAUGUUUGGGUUUGCCAAGCGCAAGGACACAGACAGCGACUGA